AUGACGAGCGUGAACGUGAACGUGCAAGGGAGCGAUGAGGUGCGAAGGAGGUUUCAGUCUUUUUUGAACGAGUACGUCUACGACGCAAGCGCGGAUGCGCCCGACGAUGGAGUGCUCGCCAGUCCGGGUGUUCGAGAUGAUGCAAGAAGGAAUCAGCGACGAGUGUACGUGGAGCAGUUGGAGUACAUGGACUCUAAGACGACGUUGACGGUUGAUUUUUCACACUUGAUGGACUACGACAACGAACUCGGUGCCGAGGCGGUGCAGGCGAACUUUUACAUGUAUCAGCCGUUCUUGAACGAGGCGGUGGGAUUAUUUGUACGAGAACAUCGACCGGAAUUGGUAAGGUACGAUGGUGGCGUGGAAAAAGAGUUUUGGGUGAAGUUUUUCAACUUGCCUCGAGUCGAUCGGUUACGAAGUUUGAAGGCAAACAACAUCGGGCAACUUUCGAGCUUUAGCGGGACAGUGACGCGCACGUCGGACGUUCGACCGGAGUUGUUGAUGGGGUGCUUCAAAUGUGGCGAGUGUGGAACCCUGGUGCCGAAUGUGGAGCAGCAGUGUCGGUAUACGGAACCGUCAAUCUGCCUCAACGAAGUUUGCGGCAACAGAAACAAGUGGACCCUGGAGCGAGAGGGGUGCAAGUUUGUGGAUUGGCAAAGAGUGCGUGUACAAGAGAACGCGGACGAGGUCCCGGCUGGCUCAUUGCCAAGAAGCAUGGACGUCAUACUUCGACACGAAAUCGUCGAAGAAGCGCGAGCCGGUGACAAGGCUGUGUUCACUGGCACUUUGCUCGUUGUGCCAGAGGUCGCCCCAAAGAACAUGGCGGGCGAUCGCACCGAGCUCCAAUCUUCGGCCAAGGGACGAAGCGAUGGUAUUACGGGCUUGCGUCAGUUAGGUUGCCGAGAACUCUUCUAUCGCAUGGUUUUUGUCGCGCAAAGCGUCGUGAACACGGCCGAGCCAAGUGGCGGCGGUGCGGUAGAUAUUCGCGGCGAUGACGAGGAAGAAGUUGUCAAAACCUUUUCUUCGCAAGAAAAGCGCGAGAUCACGCAAAUGGCGCAAGAUCCGCACUUGUACGACAAGUUUGUGCGCUCUAUCGCUCCUACUGUGCACGGACACAGCGAUAUCAAGCGUGCCAUCACCCUUAUGUUAUUCGGUGGCGUUCACAAGAGUACUGGUCAGACGAAUUUGCGGGGAGACAUCAACGUGUUGAUCGUGGGUGAUCCAUCCUGCGCGAAAAGUCAGUUCCUGAAGUAUGUCACCGCAUUCUUACCGCGCGCCGUGUAUACUUCAGGCAAGAGCUCUUCUGCGGCUGGUUUGACGGCAACUGUCGCUAAAGAUAUCGAAACUGGUGAAUAUUGUAUCGAAGCCGGCGCGCUCAUGCUCGCCGAUAACGGUAUUUGCUGCAUCGAUGAAUUUGAUAAGAUGGACGUGAAAGACCAAGUCGCCAUUCACGAGGCGAUGGAGCAACAGACCAUCAGUAUUGCUAAAGCAGGCAUUCAAGCGACGUUGAACGCGAGGACGAGUAUUUUGGCCGCCGCGAAUCCAAACGGCGGACGUUACGAUCGAAGCAAAAAGUUGCGACAUAACUUGUCGCUUCCUCCGGCUAUUUUGUCUCGUUUUGAUUUAGUUCACGUCAUGAUCGAUGAACCGGAUGAGUUCCACGACUACACGUUGGCUCGACACAUCGUGAGCUUGCAUCAAAAGCGUGAAACCGCCGUGGAAGUUGAUUUUUCGUUGGAGCAGCUUCAACGUUACAUCCGAUACGCGCGCACAAUCAAACCGAGAAUGACGCCGGAAGCUCAGAAAGAAAUCGUGGAUGCGUACGUGAAACUGCGUCGGGGUGAUAGCCAGCCAGGUACGCAAACAGCGUACAGAAUCACCGUUCGUCAGCUCGAGGCAAUCGUCCGUCUGUCUGAGGCUCUCGCGCGAUUGCACUGCCGGGCGGAAGUGCAUCCGAAGCACGUGAGAGAAGCGAGACGACUUUUGUCCGAGUCCAUCAUCGCUGUCGAGGCUCGCGAUUUGACACUCGACGCGGAUGACAUGGAGCUCGAGAACGACAUCACGCAAGAGAAAGGAGAGGAUGCGGCUGACGGCGAGGACAUGGCCCCCGCUGAACCCGAGCCUGUAGCUGAGAAGCGAACGACCACGGUGAGUUCCGAAAGGUACAAUCAGGUCAAACACAUUCUCCUGCGCCACAUGCGCCAACGCGAGCGCGACAGCGAAGAUGGCGCCGAAGCUGGUAUGCUCCAGAAAGAUUUAAUCAGCUGGUACAUCGACGAGCAAGUCGUACCCUCGGGCGUUUCCGAUCCCGAGGACCUCUUAGCCGAAUACAAACUGGUGCGCAACAUCAUCAAGCAUCUCAUCAACCGAGAGCAAACGCUCUUGGUCGUGCAAGAGGCGCAACCUGCGCCUUUGCUCGCCGAAGACGACGCAGCAUUGGAUCCCGCCGCCGUCGCUGCUCGCGAGCGCCAGCGCAUCAUUGAGGAGCGCGUGCUCGCCAUCAACCCCAACUUUGAUUUCGAAUAG